UUGCUGGGACAAUAUUGAAUGUCAACAACAUGGCGGAAAGAUAAUGAGAACAGGUGCCACAAGGAAAGUUUAAAGUUGUAAUGGCUCUUGUAAAAGUAGACCACAAUCUUCAAAGGCAGGAAUGGGGAGUCAAUAAAAAACAGAGACUGAAGCUACCCAAGAUUGAUGAUAUUCCACAACCAACAAUUGACUAUGAAAAACUCCGAAUGCUCUGCAAUAUUGAUGGACUUAAAGGAAGGGACCUAGCAGAGACUACUCAAGAUGCCCAUGAUGAAUUUAUUAGGAAUUACGAUCAAAUAUUCGCAAAGCCACCCAAAAAAUCUGGCUACCCAAAUCAUUCAGAGAAAAGGAGUGAACAAAGGUCUUCUAAUGCCAGUGUAACUAACAGAGCAACAGGCAAGACCUCAGAGGUUGUGAAACCAAAAGGCAAGGAAUUUCCCAUUGAUACAGUAACCCAUGAUAUCCGAGAUUAUAUGCCUCUGCUCCACAAACAAAGGAAGAGCGAGGACCCUGAACACGUUAGAUUGGACAACUUACGGACACUCAGGAAGCUGCUGAGAAAGCUACCAUUUGAAAGAUCACUGCCAGAAAUAGAGAAGAUAUUUUCCAUUCUGCAAACUUUUGAUUUCUUCAAAAACAAGGUUCCCUCUAAAGUCCUUAGGGAACUAUGUGUUGUUGGUGUUUUGGAACAAUGGAAAGAACCAGGAUUUACUGUGUUUGGAAAAGCUGGUUUACACAUGGUGUUACGAGGAGCUGUAAAACCCAUUACAAAUCCAUAUCUAAAUGAGAGCAACGAAGUUCCUGAAUCUCGAAGCGUCACACCAUUGGUGCCAGAGGAAACUCAGAAGGAGUUGGUUGCUGGUGACUGUUUUGGUACCCUCACAAAAGUCAAAAGAGAGCAAGGUUCCAAAAUAUUUAGUGUGGUUACUGUUCAGCCAAAUUGUGAAUUCCUGAAAAUCUCCUCUACCGACUAUAUGCGAGUGAUAGAGCAAAUUAAACAACGAGAACACACAGAAAAGGUUAACUUAUUACUUUCUUGUGGUCAGUACCAACUUUGGCCAAAACAACCGGUGCUUAAAGUAGCAGAGCUUAUAGAGUGGAUGAGUGCUCCUCCAAAUUCAUUACUAGUCAGUGAGAAAUAUAAAGCACCUUAUAUUGGCUUCAUCAAGUCAGGAGUCUGCCAUGUUCUCAAACAAGUGGAAGUCAUGCACACCCACACAAAUGGGAAAAGGGAAAAGAAAACAAAGCAGGUUGUUGUAGGAAAGUUAAAGGAGUCCCAGUCUUUCUCGGAACUGAGUGUACUGUUAGAUGAGCCAAUAGACUGCACAAUCCUAACAGACAAAAAUGUAGAAUUAGGCAUCAUCCGGAAAGAAAGGAUUACAGAAUUGGAUGACGAUACAAAAAAAUUAUUUCAACAGUCUGCAGAACCUACAUUUGGUAAUCUAAAAAAGAGUGACAUUCAGGAGGAAUAUAUGAACCAGAAAUUGAAGAGUGAAUGGUCCCAGUUUAAACGAGGUGUAGUAAUGGACGUCAUUAACUCCAGGGGAAUAAGACCAGGGUAUGGCAAGUGGUCAAUGUCCACAGGCAAAGAGAAAAUGUGACCUUUGUAUCAGCUCUAUGUGCCAAAAUAUCGGAUUAGAAACCGAUCAUGUAGCGGAUGAAAUUAUGUAGUCUCAACAAACUAUUGUGCUCCUGUGGACCUUUUUAAUAAUAAUUUUGUUUUUGUGUCUCAGGUCAUAAACAAUAUAUAUAUAUAUAUAUAUAUAUAUAUAUAUAUAUAUAUAUCCUUGAAAGGUAAUAGGCCUGGAGAUGUUCAUAUACAUGUAUGUAUAUAUUAUCGUGUAUCCCUCUACACAGCUGAAUUAAUCAUUUUAAAAACCAGGUGUUUUUUAUGGUAAUUGGAUUGUACUUAAUGUUGUGUAGUACACAUAUUUCUGAUUUUUACGGUAAUAUCUUUUGAAUAUAUGAUUUAACUAUGAUAUACAUGUUCGUGUAAAAAAAAAUCUGUCAAAAUAAAAAGAAUAACACAUUG